GGUGUAUCAAAUGGAACUCUCUACAAAAAAACAUUUAUUGAGCACUUUGAACAGGCACCAAUGUAUGUUGCUGUUCUUACUUUCCUGGGUUUUGGAGUGGGAACAAUAUUUGGCUACCUGCGAGAUUUUAUGAGAGCCUGGGGACUAGAAAAACGUAACGUUGCUGCAGAGAGAGAACAACAAAAAGAUUUUGUGCCACUUUAUCAAGAUUUUGAGAACUUUUACACCAGAAACCUCUAUAUGAGAAUACGGGAUAACUGGAAUCGUCCAAUUUGCAGUGUCCCAGGGCCACAGUUUGACCUCAUGGAACGUGUUACGGAUGAUUACAACUGGACAUUUAGGUUUACAGGAAGGACUAUCAAGAAUGUAAUCAAUAUGGGUUCUUAUAACUACCUCGGCUUUGCAGAAACAGAUGUUAAUGCUUUGAAAACUGUGACCAUAGAGUUACAAAAAUACGGGACAGGAAUCUGCAGUACCAGACAGGAAAUGGGCACCCUAGACAAACAUGUAGAACUAGAGAAACUUGUGGCCAACUUCCUUGGUGUGGAAGAUGCUAUGGUGUUUGGCAUGGGCUUUGCAACUAACUCAAUGAAUAUUCCAGCCCUUGUUGGGAAGGGCUGCCUCAUUUUAAGUGAUGAGUUGAACCACACUUCUCUCAUUCUUGGUGCAAGGCUUUCAGGUGCUACUAUUAGAAUCUUCAAGCAUAAUAAUAUGCAGAGCCUUGAGAAAUUGCUGAGGGAUGCAAUAAUAUAUGGGCAGCCUCGAAGCCGCAGAGCAUGGAGAAAAAUUAUCAUCCUCGUGGAGGGCAUUUACAGCAUGGAAGGAUCCAUCGUGCGCCUGCCAGAGAUAGUUUCCUUGAAGAAGAAAUACAAAGCCUACCUCUACUUGGACGAAGCUCACAGCAUUGGUGCAGUGGGCGCAACAGGCCGAGGAGUUGUGGAAUACUUCGGUAUGAGUCCUGAUGAUGUUGAUGUAUUAAUGGGAACGUUCACAAAGAGCUUUGGCGCAGCUGGAGGAUACAUAGCUGGCAAAAAGGACCUUGUGGACUUUUUACGAACUCAUUCUCACAGCGCUGUGUACGCCACAUCUAUGUGUCCAGCCGUAGCAGAGCAAAUCAUCAGGGCAAUGAAAUGUCUCAUGGGACUAGACGGGACAACACAAGGGCUCCAAAGAGUGCGCCAGCUGGGGAAAAACACAAGAUACUUCAGACGAAGACUGCAUGAAAUGGGCUUCAUCAUUUAUGGCAAUGAUGAUUCUCCUGUUGUCCCCUUACUCCUUUAUAUGCCUGGUAAGAUAGGGGCUUUUGCAAGACGCAUGUUAGAAAAAAAUAUCGGUGUGGUUGUGGUUGGUUUUCCAGCUACUCCUAUCACAGAAUCCAGAGCUCGGUUUUGUGUGUCAGCUGCACAUACACGGGAGAUGUUAGACACGGUUUUGAAUGCUCUGGAUGAAUUGGGUGAUUUUCUACAGCUGAAAUAUUCCCGGUAUUCCAAGUCAUCUCAUCCUGAACUGUAUGAAGAAACUAGGCUUGAACUUGAAGAUUAA